AGAUGUGACCGGAAGCAACGUAUUUACAUUACUGCUUCUGUUCUGUUAGGAAGUAGGAGGAAGUGCUUGUCCGGCGAACUAGCCGCCCAAAGACAAAUAAUACCUGAAUAAACCCUCAAUUAGGAUUCAGACAGAGUAUGGAAGCGAGUAGACCACUUCACACGGAAGCCAGAGAUGCCUCCGGAUCAGAAGAGGAGGCCAAAAAGGCAGCAGCUGCUGCGGCUAACUGCCUGCCUGAGGUUCGUCUAGUGGUGCUGGGCUGGAGGUGGCCAGGGAAGAGCCUGACUGGAAACACCAUCAUAGGCCGAGAGGAGUUUCGCUUGGAGCGAGCAGCCGAGUUCUGUGUGAAGAGACAGACAGAGGUGCUAGGGCGGCAGGUGACCGUGGUGGACACUCCAGGCUGGUUCUCCGCCCAGGAUACACCACCCUCCUAUAAACAGGAGUUAGUGAGGGGAGCAUCUCUUUGCCCUCCAGGCCCACACGUCUUCCUGCUCGUCAUCCCUGUGGGCAUGUUCACAGAGGUGGAUCGUGCUCGCAUCGAGGAACACGUGAGCCUCUUUGGUGAACGUGUGUGGAAGCACACGAUUGUGGUUUUCACCUGGGCAGAGGUGUUGCGUACCAUUUCAAUUGAGAGGUACAUUCGCAGGGAGGGUAAGGAGCUGCAGUGGGUGCUCGAAAAGUGUAAGCGAAGAUACUUUGUUAUUAAUAACUGCAUAUUCGGGGAGCAUCCCCAGGUGGGCCGCUUGCUAGAGAAAGUGGAAAAGAUGGUGGCAGAGGAGGGGGGCUACUACAACCCAGAGGAGGUGGAGAAGGAGAAGAAACCACUGGAUGAGAACCAGAAUCCAGCCAGAGAGGGGCGGGAGCUGGGGGCACGGCCCAAACAGAACUCUGGACUGGGUUUGUCCAAAGUCAUGGAGGUGGAGCCGCUUUCCAGUGAGUGAUGCACUUAUUUUGGCUCACAAGAAAGUCAAACUGAAGUCUUAGAAUGUUAUGAGUUUCUUUCUGUUAAUGAAAUGCCACGAACCUCUAACACCACUAUAAUAAUAGUGAUAUCACAGUAGUUUAGCUAAAUCCAUCUGAAUUAAGCUUGUAUUAAUGUAAAAUGGAGCCCUAAUAAUAAUGCACCAUGUUUGAUUCUAGAUUAACAAGACACUCUUGGCUGAUGGAACCUCCAAACCACAACUAACCGAGCAUCUGCCUUACUGUGCUGAUGGCAAAGCUGUUUAUUUGAUAAGAAAAAAAAGAGUAACUGAAAUUUCACCAAUGUACAAAUUAGUGUGAUUUAUUUAUUUUUUUAAAUCAGACAUCUUACUGCGUCUUUGUUCGUGUGCGUUCUUUAUGAUUCUCACUGUGAUGAUAUGAAAGUGAUGAUAUGAGAGGCCUUUGCCACAUUAACACGCUUUUUUCUUGCUGUCCAAAGAUUAAUACUCCCGUUUUAACAUGUAUCAAUAUUUUGUUCUUUAGUUCGGAAGAUAUUCUUAGGUCUUUUUAAUAGUAUCUUGAGGGUUGUGUGAUGGUAGGGUUUUCAUUUAAUCAAAAAGAAGGAAGCACAGGCUGUUACACGUAUGGCUGUCAUUUUUAAACCCAAUAUGUACACUCCUUAGUCUUGGCGGAUACCGACGGCAGAACUGCACUACUAAAUUGUUACUAUAAUAUUCUGUCGGUGACUGUUAAGGAGAUUUUUUUUUUUAUAAAUAAUUCCCAUUUGUUGUGACCAAACUGUAAAUGCUUAUAAAGCACUUUGGCAGUUAUUGAUUUUUUUGUGUUGCCUUAAAGCAGUGAUUUUGUUUUCCCUUAAUUUGAUCUUUCACGUUUAUAUCACUGUAAGAGAUGUACAGAGGGAUGCUGUAAUGGGUAAAUUUCACAAUUUUUUGACAUUUGACUUUGUUUGUUAUGGUGUACUAUUAUUGGAUAGUGUCAGCUGCUCUGGACAAUGGACAGACCCUCAAAUCUUCCAUGAGGCUAACUGUUAUAGGCCCUCAGAUGAAUCAGGUAGUGUUACACCACCAACCAUGUCCCAGUUAAAGGAAAUGUACAGUAACAAUGGUUACAUACUGUAGUUAACUAUGGUUGUGUGUCUGUGUUAAUGGGGCCAUUAUAGGACUGGCCUAGCUGCACAAAGCAUUAACAGGUGACCACAGUAGUGAAUCCUUGCCCUGAACACAUCCCUCUACUGCAGAUCAGUUCACAUAUACACAUGGUUACCAAUAUAACUGUCUAUUCUUUUACUUGGGAAUACUGCUCAUUUAUCUUUAGGUAAUCUGGUGAAAUGUAGGUGUGAAUCAGGUACUAGUAACAUUGCUAGAUUGGCUGCGAGUUUCAAGGACCCUAGUUGUAAAAUGACUGCCUUCAAUCUUGUAAAUGUGACAUAACUGUUCUCACUCUUGACGCUCAGGAUCCAAAUGUGCUGGUUUUCAUUCUCGCUUUUUUCCACUAGGACAUCUGGUGAAUGCAAUCACCAAGAUGGUUGAAUAGAAAACCAGCAAGGCCCUGAUAGAAAGGAUUUAAAUCAACUGACUCAAAGCCUUUUAUCGUAUGAAUGCUGUAGAUAGUAAUGAUUCUUUAAAGAAGCUGACAGUAAUUUCAUGAAUGUGUUUAUACUCAGAGAGUAAAGAGCAAACCCAAUGCUGUAAACUCAGAUAUGCACUAUGACUAUUUCAUCCGGUGUGGGCAAAUACAGACAUGUUUAUUGAAAUUUAGUACUAAACUAUGAGACAGGUCUGCUGUAGACUACUGAUUGUACCCUAGUGCCUAAAGGAUUCACUGUUACUGAUAUUUUUUUUAUUUUUUUUAUUCAGGGGGUUGACAAAAACACAUCAUGAAAAAGUACUUUAACACUGGUACAGAUGUGGGUCAUACUGUAUUUGGUCAAAUGAUAAGAAGUCUAAAAAUCAGCACUCUGAUGUGUUUUCAAAGCAACAUGAAACAACUAAUGCACCAGUCAGAAAACAGCAGAAUUAUUUAAUGAAAAAUAUUUAUUAAAAGAGAAAAAGUCUUGAACACAUUGAUUGCAAGAGUCGCAAAAUAAGGUUAGGAUUUAGCAGGCGUGUAUAAAAACUGCUGUUUGGCAUGCAACCUAAUAUAACCCGUCUUUGUAGCAGACAGUAUUUGUAAUGGCUAUUGAGUUACUUUCAGAGUCCGACAUGUGAAUCAAGUUACUCCUUAAGAAAUCAGUUUGCUGUAUCCUCUGUAGGCCUGCAACCUGUCUCAUUGGCCCACACUUUACAGUAGAUUUGCUUGUUAGAAAUGCACUGUAUUGUUCUUCUAUUAGGUUAAAAUAAAUGUAUAUUUUGAUCUAA